AGUCACGCUCUCGCGGAAGUGUUUUGGCGUUGAGCACCGGAGUUGUUGAAAUAUAGUAGUGUUCAUUAACAGUAAAAAGUGACAUUGUAAGUUUUAACAUUGAGACCAACAAAUGGUCUCAUAGCUGAUUCUACUAGAAAGGUCUCUACUAAACUCUACAUAAUUCGUGCUCACGUGACGCUAAACCAGGUUAUUUUUCUGUUGUCAACAGAGCUAACUUGGUUAGCAUGUAAGGUAGAUAAUAAGCUAUGGUUGGCAGCCAGUUGUUUCUACAUAGUCUGUAAGUCUAUUGUUGGGUAACAACUAACUAACUUACGACGUAAGGCAAGCGGCUCAAUAUUAUUACAAUACAAAACGUAAAUUCCUGCAUCAUUAGAUUGGUUCAUGUAUGGCUGCAUAUCAUAUUUUAAGAUUUGCUCACGCAUUGAAGAAAGGACAGGCCAAAAAACAAGUCUGGAUAAAACCAAAUAACACCUCAUUCGUGGUGUCAGCUCAAGUAGUAUUAAUGGCUGCGCUGACAGACUUUGAACCUUUAGCAAAGAGACUCAGGGUUGAAUCCAGUGGCCAAUCAUCCCCUUCAUCCUCUCUAAAAGUCCCAUCUUCAUGUAUUCAGAGCAAAGACAAUGAGACGGUAGAUAAAGGGCAAAACAAGACACAGAUGAAGAUGGAUAUACGGUCAAAGACUGGAGCAGAUGAUUUGCGAGGUGUAAAGACGAAAGGUUACCAUCAAAAGAGCUUCCCCAGACAGCAACAGAAGUUCAGAAAUACUCUUGAACGAUGGUUGGUUAAACCCUCAAAAAACACAUGUACAGCUGAAGAGGAUGCAGAAAUGGCCAAUCACAGUGGCUUUCAAAGCACCUCAGCUGAGUUUCUGGACUGUCAAAAUGAUGAAAAACCUACUCACUUCGACCCGGAUGAUGAAACCCAACCCUUGACAAUGCAAGACCUGGAUGAAGACAAUCCUGAGUCACCAGCCUCCAAGGAUUCUGCAGGGAGUGGGCUUAUGCAUACACCGCCCCACAAUUAUGGGGGAUUAGAAAAACAAGAAAUUAAUACAUGCUCAGCGAGCUCAGAGGACUCUGUCAAACACAAUACCAAAAUAACAGACUUCUUUUCAGGGACCUCACCACCAGGUUUACCUGUGAAGCGUGGCGUGGCAAACAAGUCUCCACAGAAACCAGAUGCAGACAAGGAAACUGCCUCGGCUGUUAUCAAGCCUGAUGUCAAAUGGCUGGGGACGCCAAUCAGUGAGCUAAAGAGAAUGCCUGAAUGUGGAGGACCACUUCCUCCGCUGAAGGAUGUUCCUGGCCAACACACUGUGAUGAUAAGGACAGACCUUCUUCAGAAUGGCAAAGUCCCUGUUCCAUAUCCUGGUAGGUUUAAGGAUACCUGGGAUGAUGUCCAUGUCAAGAUGCCCUGUUCCAGUAGCAACCUGUUUCCUAUCGAAGAUGAGGAAACACGAAAACGGCAGAAUAAGAGUCGGUGGGAAUUGAUCAAGGAAUCUUUAAACAAGAAAUUUACAAGUCUGGAUGAGUUGAAGAAUGCAAUAUUGAAAUACAAUGCUUCACAAGCCAAGAAAUGGGACUUCACUGCAUUACGUUUGUACUGCGUUAAGGUUCUGGAGCCUGAUGCGGCUGAACAUCUGUUUGGCUCCCUGCUGCCAGACAUGGUGCAAUUAGCACUGAGAGCAUCUGAGCUCUGUACCAAGCCGAUACCCCUACUCAAGAGAGGCAUGAACCACUCCAUCACCAUGUCUCAGGAGCAGGUGGCAUGUCUGCUCGCCAACGCCUUCUUUUGCACCUUCCCUCGACGCAACUCCAGAAGUUCUGAGUACUGCAACUACCCUGACAUAAACUUCUUCAGGCUGUUUGAGGGGUCUUCAUCAAAGAAGAUUGAGAAGCUGAAAACUCUGAUGUGCUAUUUCAAAAGUUUCACUGAGGAAAAGCCUACAGGACUUGUAACAUUCACACGAAAAAGCUUGGAUGAACCUCUAAAUUGGAAAAGCUCAGAGACUCUGCUCACAAAGCUCCACAUUACUUCUGAAGGGACCAUUGAGGAUGAUGGUUAUGGAAUGCUUCAGGUUGAUUUUGCCAAUCAGUUUGUGGGAGGAGGAGUAACCAACGCUGGUCUAGUUCAAGAGGAAAUUCGUUUUCUGAUCAACCCCGAGCUCAUUGUUUCUCGCCUCUUCACUGAAGCCCUGGGUCAUAAUGAAUGUCUGAUUAUCACAGGUACACAGCAGUACAGUAAAUACAUAGGCUAUGCUCAGACCUACCAAUGGGGUGGCAGCCAUCAGGACACAACUCCAAGGGAUGGCUGGCAGAGAAAGUGCACAGAGAUUGUGGCCAUUGACGCGCUGCAGUUCAAGAACUUUUUUGAACAGUUUCGCCCAGAGAAAAUCAACCGAGAACUCAAUAAGGCCUACUGUGGCUUUGCUCGUUCUGAGGAUCAACGGCAAAAUCUUGCGGCGGUGGCCACGGGGAAUUGGGGAUGCGGUGUUUUUGGGGGUGACGCACGUCUGAAAGCUCUGCUCCAGAUGCUGGCAGCUGCUGAGGCGGGUAGAGAUGUGGCCUAUUUCACCUUUGGUGACAGCCAGCUCAUGACAGAUGUCCACAACAUGCACUCUUUCCUCUCUCAGAGAAACAUCAGUGUCGGGGAGGUGUACGAUCUCCUGGGGCAGUACCACAGCUCAGUGUGCAAGAGCUGCCUCGGUCGGCGCCCUGAAGUCAGCCUCUACUCCUUCAUCUACCAACAGGUCAGCUCCUCCCUGGCGCCACAAGACUCUGACGGGGGCUUGGCCAGACAACACGUCCCCGCAGACUGCCAUUGAGGUCAGGUGGCUGAUGAGUCACCAUGUUUUACCGUUGGAUACUGAAUUAAAACAUUAUCAGUCUGCCUUUAGCUUCAUUUUUUUAUCUUGCUUUUUGCCUUUUGUUAGACAAACUCCUAAUAAAAAGUGGUGGAUAUACCAAAUACAGUCUCCACCACUGGCGGCCGAAAAUGAAAAUCUAGCAAGCAGAUCUUUUUUCAGAAACAACUGAAUAGCAGAAGGUGAUUAGUUAUGACCCUGUCUGGCGCUGCAGUCCAAACUGUGUCGGUUUUACUACUGUUGGUAAUAUGCCAAUGUAUUGAGCUUCAAUGCGACGCACUCGUGAUUUUAAUGGUGAAACAAAGGUUGCCAUCCAUCUUCUGAGUUUGUCAUGAUGCCUUUUUUUACACCCACACAUAUCCAGCCUAAUUGAAUUGGCUGUCAGAAAUCAAGUUAAAGAAAAAGAAUAACUACAACGAGUUUUGGAAAGCUUGGAGCGGUCUCAGGAAAGCAGUUUGAUUUAAAGAGCAGCCUGGCUCUAUGGGAAAUAAACUCCUACCUUCUGCAUUUAUAGCAAAAUUCUUGUUGCAAUCAUGACUGAAUAUAUCUUUUGGGUUCUUACACAAAACAGUUGCACUAAAAAUAUUAAUUUGAUUACUUUUGUUUCUGUAUUUUACAACUGAUUGCAGUGUAAAUUUGUUAUUUGUAGGCUUUGUUAAUUACUGUCGUAUAGCUACACUUGAAUUAAGUGAUGUUUAUUUUCUGACAGAUUUUGAUUUUCAAGCAGCCUUAAUAAAAUUAGUUUUAUGUAAAUGUAAUAUUCUA